UCCUCAACCUCCCUACCGCGCGCGUCGAAGGGCCCAAGCCACGGAGCCGUCGUCGUCCCGCCGUCCAGCGCCGCCGCGUGUUCGAGUGUGUGUGUGCGCGCGCGCCUGCAUGCGCGAGUGUGUGUGUGCUGCUCACCACCGGCUCACCGCCCCGCCCCGCCCACUGCCCCGCUCGCCGCCCCGCUCGCCGCCCUAUGAGCAGGGGAGGAUGCCGGCGAUGAGGCGAGCGCUGCCGGCGUCCUGGCCGGGGUCCUGGACCUGGUCCUUGGGCUGGACCGUCACCCUGAAGGAGGUGUCCGCCGCGCUGCUGCUCGUCGUCUGCUUCGCCUCCUCGAACGCUAUCGUCGCCGCCCAGGAUUAUGAUGUCUCGGACAUCCGGUGCACGUUUGCCACUACCGGCGGCUCUCGAGACUCGAUCUCUGCAAAACUGCGCAAACCGGAGGGCUUCCGGGGCUCCCCGCUGUUCGCGGACGACCGCGCCGUGGACCCGGUGAGCGACAAGGAGUGCCAGAUCCGGCCCGACCCCGCCGACACCACCAAGCUGAUGUACACCCUGCUCGUCUCGGACUUUUCGCGGUGCGGCGUCCUCCGGAGAAACGGCUUUGUGCACGUCCGCGUGUGGUUCCCCCAGUUCCCCGGCGUGGUCAUGAUGUCCGACCAGGAGCUCAUCAUCAUGUGCAAGCCCCCGGAGCCCACCAUCAUCGAAAACAAGGCAGCUGGCUUCGCAGGCAGCUUUCCCCACGGCGCGCGGGUGUCCGGCGUGGUGGAGGAGACUCCCGGCCGCCUGGAGUACGAGGUGGCGCUCUACAAGGAGGCGCCCACCCGGGUCGGCGCCCACGGGCAGCUGCCGCCCGGGCUGCCCGGCGAGCUCCCCGUCGACCAGGCCGUGCCCAUCGGCACCAAGCUGCAACUGCGCGCCCGCAUCAACCCGGACUCGGCGUGGAAGUUCCUCAAGCUGAUGGAGGUGACCGUGUCGCCGGACCCGGACGACGCCCACAUGCUGGGCAGCGUCGCCCUCGUCUCGGACGGCUGCCGGAACAGGGACUUCGCGUCCAUCAUCCCGCACCAGCCGGCGCGCUACCGCGACCGCCACAACGAGGUGUUCCUGGACUUUGAGGCGUUCCUGCUCAGCACCAUGAGGGAGCGGAGCACGCUGUGGAUCCACUCGCAGAUCAAGGCCUGCAUGGACGCGGCGGACUGCCAGGCGGAUUAUUGCCUCGACCUAUUCGAGCCCGCCGGGCACGGCCGGAGACGUCGGCAGGCGUCGGCGGACGGCUUCAACCCCAUCAACGGCACGACGGUGCUGCUCGGGCACAGGGGCGGCCGCAUCGGGCCGGCGGGGGCCCACCGCCAAGCCCGGGGCAGGGGGCUGCGGUCCGCGCAGCAGCUGCAGCCCGGGCACGAGCCACCGCCGCAGGCCAUGGCGCUCACGCAGCGCUUCCCCAACAACGGCAGCCACAACGGCCUCAACGGAGGGAUCCAGCAGUUCGCCAAGUUCGACGAGAACAUCGAGUACAGCGUGCUGAUGCCCGGAGAGCUCUACUCGCGGGGCGCCGUGCUCGAGUCCUCGUGCGGCACCUUCCUGCUCAUCGCCGCCGUGCUGGGCUGCCUGCUGCUGUGCGCCGCCUGCCUCAUGUGCUACCUGGCCGCGCGCCUGCACUCGGCCCUCAGCAGCCAGCUGCACGCCAAGUCCCUCGACAUGCUGGUGCGCGAGCACAGCCGCCGCUUCCACCACCACCUACACGGCAGCGCGUCCGCGUCCACGUCGGGCUCCGAGGCCAGCGGCUACACGGGCCGCUCCACCGUACACUGAUCCUCUCCGCCGUCAAGGAGUACUCCAUCCCGGCAGCCGGCGGCACCACCGGUACGGAGUGGAGGAGUGUGGUGGAAAAAGAAAGGCAAGCUGAACUAUGUGAAAGUUCAUGGUUUUCGGCUGUAUAGUGUAGUUUUCGGUGCUCCGUCCUUGAUUUUGUAUCUACGCCACGCUCCUCCAUUCAAGGCAAGUCCUCCAGCCACCUGAUUGAAAGGGGUAAGGGAGAAGGCAGAAAGGAGUGCGAGGAAAGAAACAGCCGGGUGCCGUCGUAUCGUAACCGGGGUCGGGGUGUCGAUUUUCAUAGAGAGAAAUGUGACGGUCGAAAGGGUGCCAUUUCAACGAGCCUCGUCGAAAAGGCACCCGGUGAUUGACUACCGGCUCAAUCCCUCAAAAUCGACUGUUUUUCGUUACCAGAAGGAGGGUGGAAAGGCAGAUCCGAUAAUCCGAUAUUGAUCUUGGUCCGAACACAGAAGCGGCUACCAACUUGAUAUCGGAUUUUCCGUAUCAUUUGCAGAUUGGAAACGACAGAAAUAUUCUUUUAGUUUUAGAUGCGUUUAUUGCUGUGCAAUUGAAACCUGACCAGAACGGCUUUGCUGUCCUGUCAUAGUAAAAUAAAUAUCAGACCAGACGGGAUGAUAUGCUAUUGACGUGAUCUACUUGCAAACCAUACUAAGACAAUGUACAAAGUAUUAUUUUGUAAUUUGUUGUAGGUUACAGAUUAAUGUGAUUUGCCUUGUAAGAGACAUUUCCCAAUUAUUUA